AGUGGCAAGAAAAUGACCGUACAGUUUUAUGUACUUUUAUUUGUGGUUUUAUAUAUUCUUAUUUUAUUUCAGAAAUACAAAUUCGAAGGCUUCAAUUUGGGGUGGAAUGUCCCCAUGACGAGCGCUCUGCACCAAAAAAGCCUGCUCUUCCCAAAAAGUUGUCGUCAUCUAAAGGCAGGCACGCGGCAAUAAUAGCUGAGUUAAGCGCUAUCCAGAUAUGCCAGGACCAAAUAUUGGCGAAACUGGAUAGCGUCGAGACCCGUCAACUGGGCGUUGCUGGCCAAGUAGCUGACAUACAAAGUGCCAUUUUCGAUAAGAUGCCGGAACGUGGUGAGGUGCAAGCGCAAAGUAAGCUGUUGCGCGAAUGCAAAGUGCUGACAGCUAGGGUUCAACAGUCUGUCAGUCGCAUCACCGGGGACGCGGAAAGCGAGGAAUCCAUGGAACUUGCUGCCAUGUUUCCCGUAUUAUCGGUGGAGCAAGUGCAGGCUGUUGAAGCCAAGCUGAUAAAUAAAGCUUACGCCGACGCAAUGAUUGGGCUUCUGGCAAGAUCAAAAGGCACGAAAGGGACGGUUGACGGGGUUAUGCGUUAUCUUUUCACAGAUGACGCCAUGUACAGCUUCAACUUAGAAGGAAGAGCAGGAAAAAUACCACUUCUUAGACUUAAGGCGGUUGAACUUAUAUUUGACCUCUUUUCAGAAAAAACAAAAGAAGAUGUACAAGGCGCUAUUAGGAAGUAUGUUCGUUUAAGCCACAAUAGGUCUAACCAAAAAAAAUAUAUUAACAGAAAAACUUCAAAUGUGUAA